AUGAAAAAGGGAAGAAGAUUUGGACAUGAACAAGUCCAUAGUUCAGUACGCUUCUGUGGCUAUCAUGGAUUGACUCGAAAUCAUCCUCAUAAUUCUAUUUGCGUUGAAGAUAUGGUGCAAUAUUCGCAUGUCCGCGGUGGCUUGAGGCCAAAAAGAAGAGUUGUCUUCUCUAAACUCUUGCCGAAUUUUCCCCUCGCAGUAUUUGUGAGCGACUCUCUGACAGACAUCGUAGGUAGUUACAAGCGCUUUGUGGCAGAGCCAGUCGAUUCGGAAUCCAUCUGCUUUACAAACCUUCCAUACGAGAUUCGUCAAAUGAUUUGGCACAGUUGCUUAGAAUCUCGUAUUGACACCAUAUGCGCUCGUCCUAGACAUACUUAG